AUGGCUGCAAGGAACCCAGGAAAGGAAUACUCUGAGUUCCAGGAACAGGACCUCGUCACUUCCCACAACGGUCAACAGGUCAACGCAUUCGACAUCUAUUGCCCCGUUGACCAAUGCCGUUGCAAGCUACUCCUUGCCAAAGCAGCCACUCUUGUCCAGCGUGAAAAGAGCAAGCUGACGUUGCCACAGUUACCCCUCGCAGGCGCAACCGUCUCCACCAUUGACGACCCCGAAGACACUGCCGAUACUACCGCUACAGCACCACCAACAACGGAAGAAGAACUCACUAGCCCAACAACGCCAACAGCACCAGGGGAACUCCAAGCCUUCUGGAGAGUCGCCGAUAUGAUGGCAUUCGAGAACAUUGGAUUCAGCAAAAUGCUCCCCAACGGCACCCAAUUCCUCUCUUGUGCUGACUGUGACACGGGACCAUUGGGCUACCACGAGUCCAAGGUGCCCCGGAACGAGAAGGAGUACCUUGUUGCCAUCAACCGCGUCCGUUACCAUGAUCGAUCUUAA